AGAGGCGGAGCGGCAGCGGGAAGCUGGAGGAGAGGAGGAAGCGCUCGGCUCCAGCGCUCCCUGAACUCGCAGCCCCCCGGGACCAUCGCCCCCCGUCCCGCAGGAUUUCCCAUUCCCAACCCUUUGCCAAAUGGAGGAGGAAGCUGUGAGGAAGAGGAAGAUGCCGCGGGACCCUCAGGCAGACAAGGAGCUGAGGACGGAGCCCAGGGAGGACAAAUCCCCGCGGCAGAACCUGGUGGAAGAGGCCGUUUUGAGCGGCUCCAUGGCGCAGGAAUCCAACGGGGAGGAAAAGCCCCAGAGAUCCCUUAGGAGGAGGGGCUGCAAACGCAGCCCAGGGAGCUCUGAGGAGGAAAGACCCACCCUGUGCUGGGAAGGCGACCAGAGAUCCAGCCAGAGUUCAGACGUGGUGGUCCAUGAGCAGCUUCAAACUGGAGAGAAGCCCCACAAGUGCUUGGAAUGUGGGAAGAGCUUCAGCAAGAGCUCCACCCUGAUCCGCCACGAAAUGAUCCACACUGGGGAACGGCCCUACGAGUGCCAGGAAUGUGGGAAGAGCUUCAGAGGCAGUUCUGACCUGCUUCGCCACCAGAUGAUCCACACUGGGGAAUGGCCCUACGAGUGUGGGGAAUGUGGGAAGAGCUUCAGAGAAAGCUCCAGCCUGAUCAUCCACCAGAGAACCCACACUAGGGAGAGGCCGUAUGAGUGCCUGGAAUGUGGGAAGAGCUUCAGGCACAGAUCCAGCCUGACUGUCCACCAGAGGCUCCACACUGGGGAGAGGCCCUAUGAGUGUGGGGAAUGUGGGCAGAGCUUCAGACAGAGCUCUGAGCUGAUCAUCCACCAGAGGAGCCACACUGGGGAGAGGCCCUACGAGUGUCCUGAGUGUGGGAAGAGGUUUCAGACGAGCUCUCAUCUCCUCCUGCACCAGCGGACUCACACAGGGGAGCGGCCUUUCCGCUGCCCCGACUGCAGGAAGAGCUUCAACCGCAACUCCCACCUUGUCAGGCACCGGCGCAUCCACACUGGGGAGGGGCCCUACGAGUGUCCCGAGUGUGGGAAGAGGUUUCAGACCAGCUCCAGUCUCCUCAAGCACCAGCAGCUUCACACAGAGGACAGGCCCUUCCGCUGCCCCGAAUGUGGGAAGGGCUUCAAACGCAGCCCCCACUUCAUCAGGCACAGGCUCACCCACACUGGGGAGAGGCCCUAUGGGUGUCCCGAGUGUGGGAAGAGCUUCAGCCAGAGAUACAACCUCAUCUGCCACCAGAAGAUCCACACUGGGGAGGGGCUCUAUGAGUGUCCCGAGUGUGGCAAGAGCUUCACCCAGAGCUCAGCCUUGACCAGACACCAACAGAAGCACCGGUAAGUGAAGCCCUGCGAGUGCCCUGAGUGUGGGAAGAGCUUUGUCCGCUGCUCCAACUUCAUCCCCCACUGAAGGACCCACAUUCGCUGUAUCCAUGUUGGGAAGACAUCUGGUGGGUUGUCUCCAUAUCCUUCUGAAUCCCCAUAGGCACCAGGGAGGAUAAUGUUUAGGAGGAUUUGGGGGUUCUGAGGGGAUAUGGAAGAGUUUUCUCCAUUGCUUUGCACUCCAGAAGAUGAGAGGCAUCAAUCUGUCACCUCAAAACCACUGGAUCCCAGUGAAAACUGUUCAGUUCCCACUCCAAAUGGCUCAGUCACAUUCCAAAAUUACUUGACCCUACAGCCCCCUCAAAAUCCCCCGGAGGGGUUAGAUGGCAUUCAGAGGGUCUGGAGGGAGUGGGAG